CCAAAAUCAAACCAAACACAUUGUGCGUGCUUUCCUUCAUUUCUUUCACAGUCAUAAACUAGCUAGCUCAGCUCGCUUCACUACUGAGCACUAAGCAAGCCUUCAAUGGCAUCUGAAAUGACACCACCGGCAGAACUCAAACUUCCGGGAUUCCGAUUCCAUCCCACAGAGGAAGAGCUUCUCGAGUUCUACCUCAAGAGCGUGGUGUUCGGAAAGCGAUUGCGCUUCGAUAUAAUCGAGUUUCUGAACAUCUACCGUCAUGAUCCUUGGGACUUGCCUGGAUUGUCAAAGUUUGGAGAAAGGGAGUGGUACUUUUUUGUGCCCAGGGACAGGAACCAUGGGAGUGGAGGAAGGCCUAACAGAACCACUGAAACUGGGUUUUGGAAAGCGACUGGUUCCGACCGCAAAAUUGUGAGCUUAUCUGAUCCGAAGAGGAUUAUCGGGUUGAGGAAGACUCUGGUUUUCUACAAAGGGAGAGCACCAAGAGGAACCAAGACUGAUUGGGUCAUGAAUGAGUAUCGUUUGCCUGAUAACUGCAAAUUGCUCAAGGGCGACUUUGUUUUCUAUCACUUGAAGGUUAAAUCAGACAAGAAGGAUUCGUCGGUCAGUAAUGAAGGAGAACCCGGUAGCGCGAGUGUGUCUAAUUGCAAAAAUCAAGCUGCUGAUGAAAUGAAUCAAGAGGCACACGGAAGAGAGGAGUUGCUAUUCCACCAACCUCAGCCUCAGGAUGACCGCUGCUCUUCAGCACUGCGGUCACGGGCAUCCCACGAGCUGGAAGCUGUUCUGCAAACCAAUAGCACUAAUGAUGAUUGUAGUGAAUUGCAAUCACCAUUUGGAGAUGGUGAUUCUUGUCUUCUAGACGGGAAUGAAGUUUCGACCUGUGAUGAAGAUGUGACAGUGUGUGAUGUGUUUCCACAGGUGAGAAUGGUGCAUCAUCCUCAAUCCAAAGAAAAUCUGGAACCAGCAGUUUAUUCAUUCCAGCCACAAGAUUCUACUCUGCAGUCAAUGAUGUACACAAUAUAUGGAGAUGCUUUACAUAAUAUUGAAUGCAAUGAUUUGCAAUCUUCGCUUGCGAACUAUGACUCGUCUGUCACAAAGUUGUUGAAUACAAGCACUGCUGACCAGGAUUAUUACUCUUCUGAUCAAACAACACAGACUCCUUAUCCAUAGACUCCAACCUGCCAACGUCACUGAGAAGGGUCUACCUUGGGGAUAGUAGAGUAAGCAGGUAUGAUACAAACAUUGAAGUAGCCCAUGGAAGUGUACAAUAUUUGUCUGCAUUAGCUAUUGGAAAUACCCUCCAAUGUAGCUAAUGAACUACAAGAGUAUGAUAUUAUCCUGUAGCUAAUGGAUAGGCCUUUGAAGGAAUUGAAGAUGAAGCUUUUCAAAUAUGAGAUAUCAAUGCUUGUACUAACUGCUCCUGGAGGAAGUGGGAAAACUACACUGGCAACAAAGUUUUGUCAAGAUGGAGAAGUCAGAGAUAAAUUCAAGAACAAUAUCUUCUUUGUAACUGUUUCCAACAAGCCCAACUUAGACCUUGUUGUACAAGAGAACGCAAAGGUUACCAGAUAUCCGAUUUCCAAAAUGAAGUAAUUGCAGUUAAUUGGCUACUAUUGUGAAUGAUAAUGACUAUUCAUGGAAUAGGUAUUGCUUAAUGUAUGCGAUUGACAGA